AUGUGCUCUGCAUGCUGCCCAGCUGCCACUCCACAGACACUGAAGGUGUUCUGUGUUUGGGUGUGUAUGUUCUACUCCACUAUGUGUCUGGCAGCCUGGCCGCUGUCCUCAGAGGCAGCCAAACUCCGCUGUGGUUCUGAUCUCCUUAGUGACCUCAUAUUUGUGUGUGGGGAUCGUGGAAUCUAUUUAGGUAAAGGUACGUGGUCUGGUUACGGCACUCGGCCCAGAGGGAAGGGUAUUGUUGACCAGUGCUGUCGGCCAGCUGGCUGUGAACUUCAGCAUCUGGAGAUGUACUGUGCCAAACCAAAGAGCCAGCAGCACACCACAGCUUACCCAGCCACAACCACAGCACUGCCUACCACUACACUGGCAGACACGGCACAGCAGUUCCAAGUAGUAUUUCAAAAAAGACUUUCUGAACACCUGGGGCCCCCCAACGGACCAAAGAGGGAAGCUUACAGAAGGAGAACACAGCCUUCUCUCAGACGGAAAAACAAAGUUUCAUCAUCCCGCAGGAGGGUUAAAACAAGAAGCACCACCAACAGGCCUCCCUUAACCUCUAGGCGUCCCCUUCAUAGAAUGACAACAUUUGAAUCAUGACC